CACGGAAAGCCCUAACCGGAGGUUUUUGGUGCCUUAAACCCUGGUGCUCUUCUUGUUCAGUUCUUGUUUGAUCCGUCGAGCAUUUUCCACGAUUUGAUUGGAAAAUGGCGUCGAUUGUGGUCAGAAGCCGGCAGGCGAAGCGUUUAUUUGCGCUCUCAUGCUGCCGAGGAUCUGCCGUCUCGUCUCCAUUCUAUGCUGCCGAAUCACCGGUCGGGUCGCACCCGAUGAUGAGCCCUUGGUGGAGAUCCAUGGCGACCUUCACUCGCACAAAGCCUCAUGUGAACGUGGGAACGAUUGGGCAUGUGGACCAUGGAAAGACCACUUUAACUGCAGCAAUCACCAAGGUCUUAGCAGAAGAAGGAAAUGCUAAAGCUGUUGCUUUCGAUGAAAUUGAUAAAGCCCCUGAAGAGAAGAAGAGGGGAAUUACAAUUGCAACUGCUCAUGUAGAGUAUGAAACUGCAAAGCGACAUUAUGCACAUGUCGAUUGUCCCGGGCAUGCUGAUUAUGUUAAGAACAUGAUUACUGGAGCUGCUCAAAUGGAUGGGGGCAUUCUUGUUGUAUCUGCUCCUGAUGGACCUAUGCCACAAACUAAAGAACACAUUCUACUGGCUCGCCAGGUAGGUGUACCUUCACUUGUGUGCUUCCUUAACAAAGUUGAUGCUGUUGAUGACCCCGAGCUGCUGGAACUUGUGGAAAUGGAAUUACGGGAAUUGCUUAGUUUCUACAAGUUUCCUGGGGAUGAUAUCCCUAUUGUUCGAGGAUCAGCUUUGUCUGCAUUGGAGGGUAAUAAUGAAGAAAUUGGAAAAAAGGCUAUUUUGAAGUUGAUGGAAGCUGUGGAUACUUACAUUCCAGAUCCCAUUCGCCAGCUUGACAAACAUUUCCUAAUGCCUGUUGAAGAUGUUUUUACCAUUCAGGGGCGUGGAACUGUUGCAACUGGCCGUGUAGAGCAAGGCAUGAUCAAGCCUGGGGAAGAAGUGGAGAUUUUGGGACUAUCGCAGAACAAACUUAAAACUACAGUAACUGGUGUUGAGAUGUUCAAGAAGACACUAGAUUUUGGCCAGGCUGGUGACAAUGUUGGACUGCUUCUACGGGGUCUGAAACGUGACGAGAUUCAACGAGGAAUGGUCAUUGCCAAACCCGGGACCCUUAAAACAUACACAAAAUUUGAAGCAGAGAUAUAUGUCCUCACAAAAGAGGAAGGUGGUCGCCAUACCGCCUUCUUUUCAAAUUAUAUGCCUCAAUUCUACAUGAGGACGGCUGAUGUCACUGGUAAAGUCGAGUUGCCUGAAAGUGUGAAGAUGGUUAUGCCAGGUGACAAUGUCACUGCUGUUUUCGACCUUAUUUACCCAGUCCCUCUCGAAGCAGGACAAAGAUUUGCCCUUAGGGAAGGCGGCCGAACCGUUGGCGCAGGAGUUGUAUCAAAAGUUAUAAGCUGAAGAGAGAUGAUUUUACAGCCUUUUUCGAGCCCGACAGGUUAUAUUGUUGUUCAUGCGUUGAUUGUGUGCAAAAUCUCUCCGCCCACAACCAAGAAUGUGCUGAGAAAGAUCAUAAACAAAUAGUAUAGUUUUAAAGAAGCUAUAUUGUAUGUGCUAAGCAAAUAAUCUAAUUGUGAAGAACCGCAACCAUAGGAAUUUGAAUGAAGCCAAUUUAACUAUUGGUGAAUGAAAAUCUUGUCUUUGUGUUUUGCUGAAAA